GCUAAUACCUAUUACCCUAUAACUACAAAUAAUACAAGAUCAUGGAAACGAGGUUCAGAUUGUUGUGAAUGGGAUGGAAUUACUUGUCAUCCUCUUACUCAUCAUGUCAUUGCACUUGACCUUUACAACAAUGGGAUCGUCGGAACCAUCAAUUCAAAUAGCAGUCUCUUCCAACUAGGCCAGCUUCAAAGGCUUAAUUUGUCCUUAAAUUAUUUUUCUCGAUCCACUAUUUCGCACAAAUUUGGUCAGUUUCAUUUUCUUAAACACCUAGAUCUUUCUGAUUCAGGAUUUUCUGGUAGAGUCCCUCUUGAAAUAUCUCAACUUACUAGAUUGACAUCUCUUGAUUUAUCAUGGAAUGAUCUUGAAAUUUCAAAUGUCAAGCUGGUAUUUAGCAACCUUACUAAACUGAAACAUCUAGAUCUUAGGACCAUAAAACUAGAGUCACAGAUAUUUCAAAUCAUCACUAACUUGUCUUCACUUUCAUAUAAAGAGUCUUGACCUCGGGUCAAAUGGCCCUAUAAACUUUCAUUUCCCAUCAUUGUAUAACUGAUGGUCCUGUUGACAGAUCAAUUACCUCCACUUUAGCUAAUUCAUUGCAACGUUUAGAGUUAUCCAACACCAGUAUUCAGGGUGACUUCCCUAAAUGGUUACAAUAACAAGUUAGGGAAUCGUUAAUGAUUUUGGAUAUUUCAUACAACUCUUUUACCGGACAUCUCCCAAUCAUUUCAUCAUCUAAGACAGUGUUGUUUGCAGCCUCAAACAACAAUUUUACGGGCCCAAUAGAUUCAUCAAUCUGCAGAUUGACAUCACUUUCGGUUCUUGACUUAUCUAACAACAAUUUGAGGGGAGAUUUCCCACAUUGUUUAGGAAGCUUAAGUAGUCGCCUUAAAGUGUUGAAUUUAAGGUCUAAUAACAUUCAUGGAACUCUUCCUACAAACUUUUCCAAAUGUGACAAAUUAGAAUAUCUAGACUUGAGUAGUAAUAAGUUGCAAGGGAGGUUACCUCGAUCUUUGGCACGGUGUGAAUUUUUACAAGCUAUCAAUCUUAGAAAUAACAUUCAUGGAUGAAUUUCCUCAUUGGUUGCAUACUCUUCAAAGAAUUCAAGUCCUCGACUUGAGUUCUAACAAAUUGUACGGUCACAUCAAUAAUGUAAGUGAACAUCAUCCAUAUCCCGCAUUACAGAUUCUUAACCUCUCUAGUAACAACUUUAGCGGUAAGAUUCCAAUAACUUACAUUAAAAAUUUUCUAGCCAUGAUAAAGAAUAUUGAUCACCAUGGUAGUCCACAAUAUAUGGAAUCAUUGCAUUCUGGAUUUUACUAUUCCAUCGAGCUGACGUUGAAAGAUGUGCAAUUACCUUAUGAGAAGAUCAUUGAAACACUCUAUUUUUUUUAUCUAUCAAACAAUGCAUUUGAAGGAGAAAUCCCCGAGUAUGUAGGACAAUUGGUUGCAAUUCUAGGCCUUAAUCUUUCACACAACCGCCUUACAGGGCACAUUCCUGCAUCCAUUGGAUCAUUGUCCUCGCUUGACAGUUUGGACCUCUCCUCCAACAUGCUAAGUGGGCGCAUUCCUCAUGAACUGGUUAGUUUAACUUUUCUUGAGGUCUUCAAUGUUUCAAACAACAAACUGGAAGGGCCUAUACCUCAAGGGAACAACUUCAAUACAUUCUCAUCCGAUUCAUACAAGGAGAAUCUUGCAUUGUAUGGGGAUCCAUUGCCCGAGUGUGGAGGAAAUAGCACACCAUUCGUGAUCAACAACGAAGAUGAUUCUGAAGAUCAAGGGAGCACAUUGAAAGUGUGGGAAACAAUUGUGAUGGGAUUUUGCACUGGCAUCGUCGUUGGGCUGGCUUGGGGAUAUUACAUGUUUUCUGUGGGAAAACCCUUUUGGUUAAUCAAAUUGGCUGACAGAAUGGAGUUGGCUUUGCUUGACUUUUUCGGGACGAGCAAUAUGGUACGUAGAAAAGGAAGAAGAGCACGAACAAGAAGGAAUUAAAAUUCGAGUGUAAUAUAUGUAAUAUCUAGCUUGCGUUUCCUCUUGUCUGGAGAAUGUCUCGUCAAUCCAAUUGCUUAUUGCUGUACUUUCAGGUUGAAUGUAUUAUAUACUACUAAUGAGUAAUGAGUUAUGCAA